AUAUUGUAAAUCAGAAUUCCUAAAGCGAAUAGCGAAUUUCAAAUACAGAAUGGAGGGAGCACAAUUACCAGUGGAGUGUGUGGGUCACCAGGCAGAUGUGGUCCAGUUGGCCUUUAGCCAGAUCUGCGAUUCGGGAUAUUAUUUGGCAUCGGCCUCCAAGGAUGGACAUGCUAUAUUGCGGCACGGUGACACGGGAGAUUGGGUGGGAAAAAUUGGGAAAGUGAGGAAGAGAAAGACUGGUAAGGCGAUGCUCUGUGUGGACAUCAAUGGGGAUGCCACACUUAUGGCCACUGGCAGCGAGGAUUUCACUGCUCGCAUCUGGAAUGCAACCAGUGGCAAACAGCUGGCAAAGUUUGAGUCGCCAUGCUCGGUGCGUUGUGUGGCACUUGCCGCCAAAUCAGCAUAUCUGGCUGUGGGCUGUCUGGACCAACACUGUCACUGUUUGGAUACAGACCUCUAUCUGUAUGAACUGGAUAGGCCGGACAUGGCUUUGCUAUUAGAGGGACAGUCAAGAGGGGUACGCGAUGUGAUCUUCUGCUGCGAUGAUCGGGCACUGCUCUCAUCCUCCCAUGAUCGCUCCAUACGACUCUGGGAUCUGCGGAAUGGACGUCAAGUGCAUUCCAUAAAUCUGCCACACCAUGCCAAAUCGCUGGAACUGAAUGCUGAUGGACGCACUGUGACUAUCGCCUAUGCUCAGAGUGUCAUCUUUCUGGAUGUGGAACGCUUUCAGGUACUGCAGCAUCGUCAGCAUUCGAUGUGUGUCAGUGGCGCCUCCUUGCAUCCCGCCAAAGAGACGUAUGUGUGUGCGGCAGGUAAUCGCAUCCACAGAUUCGAAUAUGCCAGUGGACACUGCUUGGAGAGCUUUGUGGCACACGAACACUCGGUGCGCUCCAUUAAGUACAGUCCCGAUGGCGAGGUCUUUGCAUCGGGCUCAAAGGAAGGCGGAUUGCGUCUCUGGCAGCAAACGGUGGGCAAGAAGUACGGCUUAUGGGAUACCCAAGACAACAGCGAACAGUCUUAACAAUCAACCCAAUACGUCUUUCAAUCCAACUCUGAAACUGGAACCCAACUUUAGUUCUUCUUAUU